AUGUCGUCUCCAUUUCCAGCUGACACGCCCAGUAGUAAUAGACCUUCCAACUCUUCACCCCCACCUUCGUCGAUAGGUGCUGGUUUCGGAAGUAGCAGUGGGCUAGAAAACGACUCUCAAAUAGGCUCCAGGUUGCAUUUCCCAAGUUCAUCUCAACCACAGGCUACCAACUCACAAACCCGUCCUUUCGCUAACGAUUCUACUCAAUUCAGUUCUCAGAGAUUACAUACUGAUGCCUCUACAACUAACGAAUUGGAGGAUAAUGAACCCGUUAAAAGCUUCAAAAGCAGAGCUCUGAACCAUGUUAAGAAAGUUGAUGACGUGACUGGUGAAAAAGUUCGCGAAGCGUUUGAACAGUUUCUGGAGGAUUUUUCCGUUCAAUCUGCUGAUACUGGUGAAACUGAGAAAGUUUACAGAGCUCAAAUUGAAUUUAUGAAAAUCUAUGAUUUGAACACCAUUUAUAUCGAUUAUCAGCACUUAUCCAUGAGAGAAAAUGGCGCUUUAGCUAUGGCCAUCUCUGAACAGUACUAUAGAUUCUUACCAUUUUUGCAAAAGGGUUUGAGAAGAGUAGUGAGAAAAUAUGCGCCUGAAUUAUUAAACACAAGCGACUCCUUGCAUAGGUCCAGUGGUGAUGGUACUGAUGCAGAUGAUCAGGAACAACAAGACGAUGACAUGAAUGGUUCGAGCUUACCAAGAGACUCCGGAUCCUCCGCUGCACCGGGAAACGGGACAUCUGCCAUGGCAACAAGAUCAAUAACAACUUCCACCUCACCUGAACAAACAGAACGUGCUUUUCAAAUCAGUUUCUUUAACUUACCAACAGUUCAUAGGAUUCGUGACAUUAGAUCCGAAAAAAUCGGUUCAUUGUUGAGUAUAUCGGGGACAGUAACGAGAACAUCUGAAGUCCGCCCAGAAUUAUACAAGGCGAGCUUUACAUGUGACAUGUGUCGUGCUAUUGUGGAUAAUGUAGAACAAUCCUUCAAGUACACUGAACCAACGUUCUGCCCUAAUCCAUCGUGCGAAAAUAGAGCCUUUUGGACAUUAAAUGUUUCAAGAUCAAGAUUUCUUGAUUGGCAAAAAGUUAGAAUUCAAGAAAAUGCCAACGAAAUACCCACCGGUUCCAUGCCACGUACAUUAGACGUCAUCCUUCGAGGAGAUAGUGUAGAAAGAGCCAAGCCUGGUGACCGUUGUAAAUUCACAGGUGUAGAAAUUGUAGUGCCCGACGUUACCCAAUUAGGGCUACCGGGUGUGAAACCAAGUUCAUCAUUAGAUAGCAGAGGUAUCUCAAAAACCACCGAAGGGUUGAAUAGUGGUGUCACUGGUUUACGUUCACUUGGUGUUCGCGAUUUGACAUAUAAAAUCAGCUUUCUGGCAUGUCAUGUGAUAAGUAUUGGCUCAAACAUUGGCGCAAACAACCCGGAUAGUGGUUCCAGCAACAGAGACACAGAACUACAAAUGGCUGCCAAUUUGCAAGCUAAUAACGUAUAUCAAGAUAAUGAAAAGGAUCAAGAAGUAUUCUUGAACAGUCUGAGCUCAGAUGAGAUUAAUGAAUUGAAAGACAUGGUUAAAGACGAGCACAUUUACGACAAACUGGUUAGAUCUAUUGCUCCUGCAGUUUUUGGCCAUGAGGCUGUGAAAAAAGGUAUUUUGCUACAAAUGCUUGGUGGUGUACAUAAGAGUACUGUGGAAGGUAUCAAGUUAAGAGGUGAUAUUAACAUUUGUGUUGUUGGUGACCCGUCAACUUCUAAGUCUCAGUUCUUAAAAUACGUUGUGGGCUUUGCACCAAGAUCGGUUUAUACUUCUGGUAAAGCUUCAUCUGCUGCAGGUUUAACAGCUGCAGUGGUAAGAGAUGAAGAGGGUGGUGAUUAUACUAUUGAAGCGGGUGCUUUAAUGCUUGCCGAUAACGGUAUCUGUUGUAUCGAUGAGUUUGAUAAAAUGGAUAUUUCAGAUCAAGUUGCCAUCCAUGAAGCUAUGGAACAACAAACUAUUUCCAUUGCUAAAGCUGGUAUUCAUGCUACUUUGAAUGCGAGAACAUCCAUUUUAGCUGCUGCAAACCCAGUUGCUGGAAGAUAUAAUAGAAAACUAUCGCUAAGAGGUAAUCUAAAUAUGACAGCGCCAAUCAUGUCCAGGUUCGAUCUAUUUUUUGUUGUUCUUGACGAUUGUAAUGAAAAAAUUGAUACCGAACUGGCAUCCCAUAUCGUUGAUCUGCACAUGAAAAGAGAUGAGGCCAUUGAGCCACCAUUCAGUGCGGAGCAAUUACGUCGUUAUAUCAAGUACGCACGCACUUUCAAACCAAUCUUGACUAAAGAAGCCCGUGGGUAUCUAGUCGAAAAAUACAAAGAUCUAAGAAACGAUGACGCACAAGGGUUCAGUAGAUCGAGUUAUAGAAUCACUGUUAGACAACUAGAAAGUAUGAUUAGAUUAUCAGAAGCUAUCGCGAGGGCCAAUUGCGUCGAUGAAAUUACCCCAUCUUUCAUUGCCGAAGCUUACGAUCUUUUAAGACAAAGUAUCAUUCGUGUCGAUGUGGAUGAUGUUGAAAUGGAUGAGGAGUUUGACAAUGUCGAAAGUCAAAACCGCACGGAAUCCGAAAACAAUGAUAGUAAUAACGGUAACCACAACAACGAUGAUACAGGAGCCAAUGGAACAACAACUAUACCACCCACGGACACAAACAAAGGACAGGAUGGAAACACAACUGGGCCAUCAGGUGAUAAAAAGAAGACAACGGUUACUUAUGAUAAAUAUGUGUCAAUAAUGAACAUGGUUGUUAGAAAGAUUGCUGAAGUAGAUAGGGAAGGUGGGGAAGAACUAAGCGCUGUUGAUAUUGUUGAUUGGUACUUAUUACAAAAGGAAAAUGACUUGGGUUCACUGGCAGAAUAUUGGGAAGAAAGGAAACUAGCGUUUAAAGUCAUAAAAAGAUUAGUCAAGGAUAGAAUCUUGAUGGAAAUACGUGGUACCAGGCAUAAUUUAAGAGAAAUGGAAAAUGUGGAGAAUCAAGGCAAUAAAAUUGUUUAUGUCAUUCAUCCGAACUGUGAAGUCUUAGAUCAAUUAGAACCGCAAGAUUCCACGUAA